AUCCGCUCUCUGCUCUCAGUAUGCCGGAAAGCGAAAGACGAACAUAUCUUGCCGCCAACCUACAAAGACUACACGUUAACAUUAGACAAACGUCUUGUUGAUAAAAAAAAUUGUAAGAUUAGAACUUCACAUAAGAAUGAGCUCUUACAAAUCCUGGAACAUUGGUGUAAAUUAGCUCAUUUUGCUAAACCAUAAGCAUCUUGUGAACUGAAAGCAGGGAUAUGGAGGAGGUUCUUAAAUUAGAAGAAGGUCACGGUGAUGCCUUCAACAGUGAGAAGGAACUGCUUGCUGAAGAAGUACAGAGUGAUGACAAGGACCAACCCAACAAGGAAGAGGGUGAAAUCGUUCCAGAGACACAACUAGAAGAAGCUGCGUCAGUACCAGCCAAUGAAGUAGACUCUGGAACGGACGUUUCAAACGAAAGCCCCGAUCCACCUCUUAAGAGAAGAGGUCGAGGGUCAGGAGCCAAGAAAGCCAGCGCGCCCGCAGAGUCGGAUCCAGGCGCGUUGAACGACGGAGACAAGAUGCCCAAGCGAGGCAGGGGCCGACCGAAAGGAUCGGGCUCCUUGAAGCAACCUGUCCAAGAGGUGCUGGCCGGCACCGAGGAGGAGACGGCCGGCACCGAGGAGGAGACGGCCGGUACCGCGGAGGUGACCCCUGGAACCGAGGAUGUGACCCCUGGAACCGAGGAUGUGACCCCUGGAACCGAGGAUGUGACGGCCGGUACCGAGGAUGUGACGGCCGGUACCGAGGAUGUGACGGCCAGUACCGAGGAUGUGACGGCCGGCACCGAGGAUGUGACGGAGGCAGAGGCGCCUGACAACGCCCCCACGCAGUCUAAGAAGCGGAGAGGGAGGCCGAAAGGCUCAACGUCCAAGAAGCAGCAGCAGCAGGCGGAGGAGGAGGCGGAAGAAGCAGCUGUGGCCAGUGAAGAGGAAUCGGGAGCGGACAGGUCGAAUAAAAGUACUGACACACCCAAAAGGGGGAGGGGAGCCGCUAAAGGCUCCAAGAAAUCUCAAGUACAGGAAGAGGCGGCUGGCAGUUGUGAGGAGUCAGGGGGAGACGUGUCGAACGAAACUCUUGGCUUGCCCAAAAGAGGGAGGGGGAGACCCAAAGGGUCAGGUGGCAAGAAAUCUCAAGUUAAAGAAGAGGUUGUUGUUAGUGAAGAAGAGUCUGGGACAGACGUGGUAAACAACAAACCCCCAACAAGGGGACGGGGGAGACCCAAGAAGCAAAAGGUUGAACAAGAUGUCACCGACAGUAGUGUGGAGGAAAUUGGCGCUGGUGAAUCUCCACCCCCUAAAAAAGGACGAGGUAGACCCAAGGGGUCUUUUUCCAAGAAGGGAAAGGUAAAACAAGAUGUCACCGACAGUAGUAAGGAGGAAAUUAGUGCUGAUGAAUCUCCACCCCCUAAAAAAGGACGAGGUAGACCCAAGGGGUCUUUUUCCAAGAAGGGAAAGGUAAAACAAGAUGUCACCGACAGUGAGGAGGAAAUGAGCGCCGAUGAAACUCCACCCCCUAAAAAAGGAAGAGGUAGACCCAGGGGGUCGUUUUCAAGGAAGCGAAAGGUGAAACAAGAUGUCUCUGACAGUGAGGAGGAAAUGAGCGCUGAUGAAUCUCCACCCCUUAAAAAAGGACGAGGUAGACCUAAAGGGUCCUCUUCAAAGAAGCAAAAGGUGGAAGAAGAUGUCACUGACGGCAGUGAGGAGGAAACGAGCGCCGAUGAAACGCCAUCCCUUAAAAAAGGACGAGGUAGACCCAAAGGGUCCGGGUCCAAGAAGCCCCCGGGGCUGAAAGUCCAUGGCACGGUGCCAGGCAAACGGGGCAAGCCGCACAAAGUGGUUGACCACCCUCCCAGCAGGCUGCGGACGCUCAAGAGCCGAAGCCAGGCCCAGAAGAAGCGGGGCCAAGCCAAGAAGGAUCUCAGUCCACCGAGGAGAGGGAGGCCCAGGAAGAAUCCCACGCUGCCCAGGCAGGAGGAGAAAGGGCCCAGGGUGUGGAAGCCCCUCGGACGCCCGCGCAAGUACCCCAGAGUCGAUCCCCCUCCCACAGCUCAGCCCAGACCCAGGGGACGCCCCAAAAAGACGGAAUCAAAGAAAUUUGCUCACUUGCGCAGCUUCCUCGUCGGCUCUGUAGACUCAAGUAACGGGUCUCCGCGGAAACGCGGUCGGCCUUUGGGUUCUUUCAAAGACAAAAAAAAAACUGCAGCCGUUCCCUCAAACGACGCUAGGUCGGAGCCACGCAAGCGAGGCCGCCCGCCAAGUUCUGGCAAGCUUAAGAAAACUGAGACGGGGCAGGCAGACACUGACGUUGCAUCUUCAACCAAACACAGUCGCUUCUCCAACGGGAAAACCGACUCUCCAACCAAGGCAGCUCCGCAGACUAAAGGAAGGAGCGGUAGGAAAAAAGCGGAGGCUACGAAAGCUGAAGUUUCGAACGAGGUGGAGGAGGAGGUGAAGGAGGAGGAGGAGGUGAAGGAGGAGGAAGAGCAGGAGGAGGAAGAGGAGCAGCCAGUGGAUGCAGAGAAGGAAGGAGAGCUGGAAGAUAUCGCCCCAGUGGUUGCCAGUACUGAAGAGGCAGUGGUGAAGGAUGAUGGAAAGGGUUUCCCUCCGAUUGAAGAAAGUGAGAUUGUAUGAGGCCUUGCAGUUGCAGCUAUGGAUAAAGUUUAGGAUAUCUGGGGUGUUGGGGAGAUGACUUCAGCCAAAAAAGUUUCCUCAAAACAAGAACUUGAAAACAUAAACCCUGAAAAAAAAGGAUGUUUGUUCACAUUUUCUUAAUGGGAUAUCUCUCCUUAACUCCUUAUGUUUUGCUGACUGUCUUGUGAUGUAUUUUCUUUUGAUAAUUGCCUAUAACGACAUACCCAUAGUAGUCAUUACUUUUGAGUCGUCUUUGGUUAACAACAUGACAUUCUCAAAUCCUUGUGUUUUCUUGACUAACUGGUUCAUGUUUUUUAUUUCUUUUUGUGUUUGUCUAUAAUAUUUUUUUCAAGGUUGUCUUUAUUUGUUGUUUUUUUUACUAAUAUGAAGUUGUGUUCUCACAGACACUUUUUAAACUUGCAAACUGUUCACAUUUAACUUUGUUAAUAAAAUGUAGUCUAUGACUGAAACUCAUGCUUCUGAAUGCCAAUACCAUUGAUCUUCCAUUAGCAUACUUUUUUUUCUUACCAUGUUUGGAAGGUGCCGGAAUGUAUAAAUCAUCUAUGAAAUAAGAUGAACAAGUGUCAGACUGUAUUGAAUCACUUUGAAGUGCUAUUUUUGUAAAAACAAAUUUUCAUAAAUGUUUCCCAGAAUUUCAGUUAUUUCCUUAGUUACAGAGGCUGUAUCUUGUUUUGUUUGCCUUAAUUUUCAAAGCUUUGAAUGUAUAGCAAAUUAGCGUUUCUCUUCCCUAUACGUAUAGGCCCAGUUUCCCAUACAUGGAUUAUGCCUUUUCCUAGACUCAAAACGUUUUCAAUGGAGGUCUUUACAAAAACUACUCUUAUUUUAAGACUAGGUUUAAUCCAUGUCUGGGAAGCAACCAGUGUCUUUUGUGUAGAACUCUCCCUAAGAUGUACAAUGUAUCUUUUGAGUUUUCUUCAGUCAAAAGUCACAUUUUUAACAUCAUGAUAUCCUUUUAUCCCGGUUAUUGUUUUGUGUAUUUUAAAAAAAAAACCGUUAUAUUUGUUCCCUAACUUUUCUUCAGUGUACUGUUGUCACAUGUCUUUUAGUGUAGUGGGUGGGUUAGUUUCACAGACCUUGGCUGUUUUUUUUGUCGUGUGAAGAUGGCUUGUUACAUGGGUGGGUACAUGGAUUGGUACAUGUUUCAAUGAUAUAAUUAGUCAUACUUUUGAACUCGUUAGUAUUACUGUAUGUGAUGUCAUACAAUGUAAUUAAUGCUUUGUAGCCCCCUGUGACCUAAACACAUACACAGUUUUGACGAUAGUAAAUACGUUUUUUUCUAUGUUUUCUGAGCAAGAGACGAUAUUGUUGAGAUUACGGUGUCAAAAUAAAAUUCGGCAUUUUGAUUGA